AUGAGUACACAGCUGCUUCGUGGCGGCAACAAGGACGAUCUGUUCGAGGGCGAGGUCAAGACGCCCGGUCAACUGCCUGCACAGAUGUACGAGUUUGAGGAUGUGUUGGAGCACAUCCACGAGGCGCUCGUCGAGAAGCGCGUCUCUCACAACCAGGCAUAUCGCUUCAAGGUGCUGGAAACCAUCUUCAGCUUCUUCGAGACGGCGCGCAGCCAGCUGCUCGAGGCAGCUUCGCAGGACUUCAACGGCAAGGCCGCUCGCGUGGAGCUUGAGCUCGAGUACGCCUUCACGCUCUCGCAGAUCGCUGCAGCCCUGCAGAGCCAGUGCAAGCCCGUGGUGCCUGGAGGAGCUCUCCCGGACCGCUUCUUCUCUAAGCUGACCAUCGCCGGCAAUGCUGGUGGUAAAGACGCCCAUGUGACCGUCACGAGGCCUGUCGGCGCAGCGCUUGUGGUGGCCCAGCCCAAACGACCGUUUGACGACCUGUUCGCCCCGCUGGUCUCAGCCGUAGCGGCGGGUAACGUGGUGUGCGCGGUGCUCACUCCCACCAUGCCGUCGCUGAACAAGGUGAUUGUCGAGCAGCUCACUCCUCAGCUGCCCAAGUCGGCCGUCUUUGUCAUCAGCCCUGCUGACAUGCCUGCUGCACAGCACGGCGUGGCGGAUCUACGGGAAGCCGCAAGUGGUGUGUUUGGAGUUGAGGUGCCUGGCUCUUCGCAUGUGGCUACGCGUAUCAGCGUACCUGGAUCUGCGUACGUCUCUGCUUCGCUCGCAACUGCACCUCCGAGCUCGCUUCCCUUGGGCCUCGGUGGCAAUGCUUCCAAGGUUGUGGCAGAGAGGCUGCGGGAUGUGGCGACCGAGGUGGUGGAAGGCGCUUCGAUGCUACUCGGACGGGGUGUGGGUGCUCCGAAGUACCUCUUUGUACAUGAGGAGACCUACGGCGUCUUCCGCGAGGCCCUGCUCCUGGCGAUCGCCACCUCGUCGGCUAACCUGGCGCCGCGCGACGAUGGCUCCAAGCUCGAGGAGGUCCUGCAAAUCGAACAGACGAUCGGUAGCAAGGUGGCGAACUGCGGAGGUUCGGCCCGAUUGCAGAAGCCGUUUGCAUCCGAGAAGAGGCCCGGUCCCGUUGCGCUCAUCGAGGUGGACGUGGAGGCAGCGCGGGCCGCCAAGCUGAGCGCGGUGAUCAGCGAUCGCAAGGUGGUUGCACAGAUCAAGGAUCUGGCUGCGCUGGUGCUGAUCGGAGUGAGCAGCACGGAGCAUGCAUUUGGACUCAUCGAGGAGCUCGGACUGGAUCGAGGCCACAUGUCGGUGUACUCGCACGAUUCAGCAGAGGUUCAGCACGUUUUGCGCGAGGUGGGCCCGGCGACCUUGUCGAUCAAUCACAUUGCGCCGGAGAAUCUCUUCUCAAGCUAUGCGCCCAAGCCGCUACCCAAGAGCUCGGUGCUUCACCACCAUCUUCAGCAGCAGGCUGGCAAGGUGUUCGGCGAAACAAGUGGGCUUCGUUGGCCGCUGGAGCUGUUCCAAAACGCCAGUUCGACGUACUUGGCUGCCACUCGCAGCACAUCGCUGGGAUUGUCGGGAGUGUCUGUCUCGUCGAGCGCGGCACGAUCUGCUCUGUCGAGCAGCUCGACGAACCAGCGCCAGCUGGCAGUACGAAAGGCGCUGGCAGUGCACCUAGCCAAGACCAAGCGGCUGGUCAAGCGUUCGCGACCCACGGUUUCGGCGCCGAUCCUGCGCGUCUUCUUCCUGCAGGGGCUCUUCCUAUUCUGGGGAAGCGCACUCACGUGCACACUGGGCGGCAUCAGCUACGGCGCUUUCAAGCUCUCGCACUGGGCUUGGAUGCGAUACGUGAGCGCUUGA